CGGAGGUUUUUGACAGCGCAGAGGGAGGCGACUCGUCAAGUUUUCAGCAGAGGAGAUCUGUGGAUCAGGAUCAGUGCCUCAGAGUGUCCCGGGACCUAAACACCUCCCUCCUCCGAUUAGAGACAUCCCUCCAUCUCGACUCCAGCCUCUGAAAAUGAUCCGGACUGCAGCCUCGGAGUCUGGUGAGUGAGGCCCUUCUUCCUUCCAGGAUUGGUUCCAUCUCCACCAUGGCGGGGGAUCUCUUCAGCCCCCCGUCCCCUCUGGCGGAUUCCCUGCUGGACGGUCCGCUGUGUGGAGACCUGAUGGACGAUCUCCGGGACAUCUCCCAGUCUAUCGGAGACGACACGCUGGGAUUUGAUUUGGAGCAGCAGAGCACCGGCUCUGGAUCGGAGUGUUCCAUUGCACUUGACACUCUGACCCCCGCCUCCAGUCCGUCUUCAGGGGUGUGUGGAGGAGCGGCCGGCCCCGAGGAGAGUUUUCCCCCCCUUAACCUGGAGUGCCGGGUGUGCUCAGACAAGGCUUCAGGCUUCCACUACGGGGUGCAUGCCUGUGAGGGCUGCAAGGGUUUCUUCAGGAGGACCAUCAGGCUAAAGCUGGAGUAUGACAAGUGUGAACGCAACUGCAAAAUCCAAAAGAAGAACCGGAACAAGUGCCAGUACUGCCGAUUCCACAAGUGCCUCUCUGUGGGCAUGUCCCAUAAUGCUAUCCGGUUUGGUCGGAUGCCUCGCGAGAAGCUUAAGCUAAAGGCAGAAAGCAAAGUAGUGGAGAAGGAGGUGGCAAACCCUCUGCUGGCCGACCACAAAAUUCUGGUCAGGCAAAUCCACGAAGCCUACAUGAAGAACUUCAGCAUGAACAAGGCGAAAGCUCGGCUCAUACUCACCGGAAAGACGAGCAAGACGCCUUUCAUCAUUCACGACAUGGACACAUUCCAGCUGGCAGAGAGGACGUUAGCGGCACAUAUGCUCAACGGUGACAGUCCAGAGGUCAAGAUCAGCCUCCAGUCUGGGGACCUGGUUCCAUCGGUGGGGAGUGGGGAGCUCCAGCAGAGGGAGGCUGAAACCAGGCUCUUCCACUGCUGCCAGAGUACCUCGGUGGAGACGGUCACAGAGCUGACGGAGUUCGCCAAGUCGGUGCCGGGCUUCCAGAGCCUGGAUCUGAAUGAUCAGGUGACUCUCUUGAAGUAUGGCGUUUAUGAAGCCCUCUUUACGCUUCUGGCCUCCUGCAUGAACAAAGAUGGCCUCCUAGUGGCCCGUGGUGGAGGCUUCAUCACCAGGGAGUUUCUCAAGAGCAUGCGACGGCCAUUUAGUGACAUGAUGGAGCCUAAAUUCCAGUUUGCUUCACGCUUCAACUCACUGGAGCUGGACGACAGUGACCUGGCCCUUUUUGUGGCUGCAAUUAUCUGCUGUGGAGAUCGCCCAGGCCUGGUUGAUGUGCCUCUAGUGGAGCAGUUGCAGGAAAGCAUCGUGCAGGCACUGCAGCUCCACCUGCUGGCCAACCACCCAGAUGACAACUUCCUCUUUCCCAGACUGCUGCAGAAACUGGCUGACCUCCGGGAGCUGGUCACAGAGCAUGCACAGUUGGUGCAGGAAAUUAAGACGACAGAGGAUGCAGCGUUGCACCCACUUCUGCAAGAGAUAUACAGGGACAUGUACUGAUGACAAUGAAUGCCAUUUAAAAGCAGGUGUACAUACUAAGUUGAACUAUAUGCAUAUCGAUGUACUGUAAGUAGCUCAUUGUGCAGCUUCUAAGGAUACACGCUGCUGGGAUCUGCAGAGGUGUCAUCAUGUGAUCUAUAACUUUAGAAGUCUACUAGAACUGAACACAAAUGAAAUGAGGGGAAAGCAGCUCUUGAAGGUUGCACGAGUGCUUCCCUCAAAGAGGAUACAGAACUUUUAUUUCAAUCUGUCACCAUAGAUUUGUGGAGAUAUUUGUUAAAAUGCAUAACUUAGAACAUCUUAUUGUCAUACAUUGUGAUCUGAUGCCAGGCUUGUACUCUACAGACACAUGCAUAGGAGAACAAAAGUUGGCUGUGCAAAUUUGCAUGGCAUUUAAAAUGGAUGUACACAUAAUAAUAAUAAUAAUAUAGAUAACAGGACAUGGCUGAUGCAGCCACAUUAUGCACUAUACUGUAGUAGCAAUAAGUUCAAUUGAAGUGCCAAGAAGCAGAGAUGUUUUAACAUUUAAUCUUUACACUGACUUUCUUUUUUGUGCAGACGUUGCUCCGACUUAACAUAAAGACAUAUUCCUAGUAUUUUGGAUAUUUAGUUCAUUUGAGCUCAUUAAGAAAUGAUUUGUGUAAUGGUCAUGCCCUUUAUUUAUGACAAGUGCCUUGUAAAAUUAGACAAAUCUCCCUCAACAAUUCUUGUAUUAAUGGUUGUAGAAACAUUGUAUCAGUAUUCAAGAGUGCCAUAAUGUCAACCUCAUGCCUCCUCUGACUUUGACCACACACCUCAUACCUUUCAUAACAAAUGCAAUAAAUAAGCCAUGGGGUAGAAAAGUGAUUUGUUAAGAUUAUUGUUACCAGUCAGUGUUGGUCCAGGGAAGGUUCUGACAUCAUAUUAAGUCAUAAAUCGGUUGCUUUUCUGUCUGACGAUGAACUCAAAUGAGCCCAACUCUCAGUGAACAUUGUUUUAAAGUAUGGUUAUUUCAUCUGUUGUGUAUUUAUUUCAAUCCGCUGUCCUACUGAUUUAAAAACAACACAAGAUACCUUACAGGCACAUUUUUCUUCCAUUGAGGCACAUGUUUUAGGAGGGUGGGUGACUAUUGGCCAGUAUUGGAUAUUUUGACCACAAACACAGUGUGUUAAGCUGGUUUAUUUUGUAUUUUGUAAAUAUAAUAGGAAUGUGGUGACCACAGUGAAAGGGAUGUGUGUAUGCAGACAGUUAAGCAGGCGAAAUGACUCACCUCCUGAUGAAGUAUUGUAACAUUGCUGUCAUAACAGUUUAUAUUUUUUGUCAUGUUUAUUAGUGUACAUUAUGAACUGCAUUUGCUGUUUCAAUUAAAGGAAUAUUGUGGUAGCUUAAAAAUAAACUAAUAUAUUUAACUGA